CGUCGCCCGCCUCUAUUUCAACCGCCAUUACCCUUCAUUUUAACCCCAUCUCUCCAUUCAUCACUCUCUCGCUCUGAGAGCAGGUCAUCGUGCUCUCCUCAAUUCCACGCGCCCAGACCCGAUUCCUCGCCCUCGAAGCCAAAGGCUUUGCCCCUAGGACUUGCAACUCUAUCUCUCUCUCUCUCUCUCUCUCUUCUCUCCAAUUCCUCGGCGGAAAUGUCUGCAAAAGGAGACUGUGGAAAACAUGGCUGGAACGGAGAGAAGCUGUAUCGCCGCCUAUUUGGCUGCCUGAUCGGCUUCAUCAUCCUCAUCCUCUUCAUAAUCCUCAUCAUCUGGCUCGUGCUUCGCCCCACCAAGCCUCGCUUCUCUCUCCAAGACGCCACAGUCAACUACUUCAACGUCACCACUCCUAAUCUCCUCUCCUCUAAUUUCCAAAUAACCAUUGUAUCCCAAAACCCUAACGAUCGGAUCGGUAUUUAUUACGACAGACUCGAGGUUUACGCUUCUUAUCGAAGCCAGCAAAUCACAUUCAGGACUGCGAUUCCCCCUAAUUAUCAAGGCCAUAACGAUUAUAGCGUCUGGUCUCCGUUUCUAACCGGCGAUCGGGUUCCUAUUGCGCCAUUUCUAGCCGCUGAUUUGAGCCAGGAGCAGAAUUACGGAGUGGCUCAGGUUUCCGUUAAGAUGGACGGAACUGUGAGGUGGAAGGUCGGGGCAUGGACUUCCGGGAAUUACCAUAUUUAUGUGAGCUGUAAUGCAAUUGUGGCGUUUUCUCAAGGCGCCGUUAAUGGUAAGGUGAGCAUGCAGCCGGGAGCCAGGUGCUACACCGAUGUGUGAUUCGGUUCGGUUGGUUUCCUUCUCUCUCUAAAGCUUCGGUUCGAUUCUCUCUCUUCUCUCACUCUGUCUCGUUUUGCAUCUGCUAUGGUGUUUUAGAUGAGUGUUUAGUCUCUCUGUUUCGAGUUAUGGAGACAUCUGAUGGAUCUGUUUCCCUCUCUAUCCUCCAUGUUACAUUGACAUGUGGUGCUCUACAGGCAUCUGAUCUCUCUCUCUCCUCUACGACCCUCAAUUCCUCUCUCUUAGCCCUCUGUAAGUUUUGUGUGCUUCGAUCUCUCUCUUACUAUUAAAUACCUGUAAGUUUUAUCUUUUUUGUCGUCAAUUUCAGUAGAUCUCUCUUGUAGAAAUGAGAAAUAAUCAUGGAAGGAAAAACAUGGAGAAAAUGGGUUGUAUAUGAAGAUGGUUUGGACUCUUGGAGUCGCUCUUGUAUUUAAAAAAAAAGGAAUAAUUUGAAGAUGGUUUGGACUCUUGGAGUCGCUCUUGUAUUAAAUUCUCAAUUGUAAUAAUUGAAUGAAUUAUAAUUUCGGUUUUUCCUGCA